GUCGCUUGGAAACUUCAGGGGGACGCAUCUUUCGCCUAUAUACAAAACCCCUUUCAUAGUGUGCUGGUUGCCGCCCUGUUUAGUGGUUUUACUCAGGUCUAAUUGACACUGGGAGAGAUCGCUAAAGCCCUCGAACGAUGUCGUCGCUUCCGCCUGGUUGUCGAUUUUACCCUUCCGACGGGCAGCUUCUCUGCCACUACCUCACCAGUAAGAACCGCACGACUAAUGAAGCUAACGAUGGCAAUAGGACUGUGAGCGGCUACGACUUGAUAAAGGAGCUCGACUUGUACAGUCUCGAACCGUUUGAUUUACCGGAAAAUGCGUGCUAUUCAUACGGUUACGGGGGAAGGAAAAGACAUUGGUAUUGUUAUACGAAGGUCAGGGUUUUGAACGAAAGCAGAGGAGGGAAGAGCAGGAGGGCGAAGGGAGGGUAUUGGAGGAGGAGCGGUAGGGUUAGGGAUGUCGUGGACCCCAGUGGGAAAGUUGUGGUGGGAACGAGGACUAGGUUCGUUUUUUAUUUGGGAAAUUCAGUAAAAAAUGCAAUCAGGACCGAUUGGGUCUUGCAUGAAUAUGCUCUAAUUGAUCAUGUUAAGGCUUCUUAUGUCCUUUGCCGAGUAUUUGUCAAGUCUCAUGGUGGAAAUAGCAUUUCAGAGAAUAUGUUAACUUCCUGUGCUGAAGAAAGUGUUUCUGCUGUACGUCAUUUGGGGAUUCAAAAAGAUGAAUUUCUUACACCUGACAUAGUUGAAGCUAAAGUGCAUGCUGAUAGGAAGAAUGACUUGUCAAGAUAUGCUUUGAGACUAAGUACUGAGUUGGAUGAUCAAGUCGCUACUGGACCUAUUUCUGUUACCAGUUUUCAGUUUCCUUCAGCUAGCCAAUCCAAUAUUGAAUCUAAUAAGCCAGUUAGGACUCCUGGACUUUCCGGUGGUGACAUAUUUGUGGCUGAAACUGUUCAACAAUUAGUUUCCAUUCUGAAAGGAGAUUUCAUAGAGCUGAAUGAUUUCAUGGAUUGAUCAUCCAAACAGUGUUGAAAGGAUUAUUUUUGAAAUAUAUGUGGAUAUUAACCCUAAUGCUCAGGGUUAAGUUAUUACCCAAAAUGUUUGAUUCAUGGAAUUUAGAAGUCAUAGGAGUUUAAAUCCCAGCUAGAAGCAGUUUACAAUAAUAGAAGGCAUUCGAAUGCGCAGCUAGAAAAGAAAAGGGUUUGGAAUUCAGUUAAAGGAAGAGGUUCAUGUUAUGAGGAAUCUUAAGAAAGAGAAGAUAUUAAUGUUUUGUGGAACGUUCAAAAGUUAGAUGAAAAACUCAUGCUGUUACUUAUGAUGUUCAGGGAGAUAUCAUAGCAGACUUGCUUCAUUUAUUGGGGAAUUUUUCCCAAUGGAAUCUGAACAAGAUUGAUAUGUCAGAUGGUAAAUUCAAAGAAAAGAAAAAAGAAAUGACUCUGAGAACAGCUGCUUCUUCUGGCUUCAUCUUCUCUCUGUUGUGGUUGUGCCAUUGAUGUUAGAGUGUUUCUUGUCUUUUCUUAUGUGGGAAACUGUGCUUUCCCUCAUUUCUCUAGUUCCUUUCAUUAACUAGGCCUCUUGUUCUCUUUCCCAUCUAGUUUCAGUUUCUCAGGUUGCAGGGUAGAUUUAUCUUUAUGAUGUAAUGGGUGGGACUUUGCCCCAUUGCGCCUCUCUGGCAAUUUCAAUUAGCUUAGAAAGCCUGUCACUGUUUAGCUUGACAUGUAAUCUACUGAGCUUUCUUAUAGCAAGACUUGGAUAACAUUAUCACAGAGUGUGCAUGCUAAUAAACUUGGCAAUUGUGUUUAUAUUCUUCA